GGGUGGGGAAUGACUGCAGAGCGCGCUCGCGAGAGAGACGCAUACUGUGUCGCGGCUCCGAGCGGUCACCUUCCACCCGCCAAUCCUGUUGAAUCAAAGAAAAUGUCUGCUCCCGUGGCUCAAAGCACGGUCAACAUCAUCAAGUGCGAAUGUCGAGAUCAAGUCCUCAAACGUGUGGUUGUGUUCAACGAUCGAGCCGAGGUGAAGCGUCUCGUUGAGUGCAAGCUGGAACCAGGCUUGAAUGAAGUGCACAUCGAGAACGUGACCCAACGUAUCCUUGACGAUUCGGUUCGAGUGGAUGGACAUGGUGAUGGUGUCAUUCACGAAGUUCAACUUCGCGAUAAGCCUGCUGUUCAGGAAGAGACGGACUCUCCAAAGGUCGCUGCUCUUCGGGCGAAGUUCGACGAGAAAUCGAAGGAAGUGAAUUCACUUGAAGACCGUCAAACCAUUUUGGAAAGGAGGGUGGAAGUGCUGGAUGAAAUUGUUGGGGAGGUUGGUAAAAAUGCUGUCAAGCCUCCAGGUGAAGCAUCGCAGUCCUUCGCACUUAAUGCCGAAGCACUGGCAAAUCUGAGCAACUUUUACUCCUUCUACGAAGAAAACUCGAUGACCCUCCGCACCGAAAAGCGCAAUGUUGACCAAAAUCUGGAGAAAGCAAAGCGAGAACUGAGCGCUUUGAAAGCCGAGUUGCGGAUUGCAAAAGCAGAAAACUCAGCUCAUUACAGCAAGUCAAUCAUUAUUACCCUUGAAAGCGAAAAAGGUGGUCACGUGAAACUGGAAGUCAACUACCAAGUGCAUGGUGCCAGCUGGAGUCCAUCUUACGAUAUUCGUGUGGACACCAGAGGACAACAACCGUCGCUUAGGAUAACGUACUCUGGCAAAAUUUCUCAGACGACUAGAGAAGAUUGGUCGGACGCAUUAUUGGUGCUCUCUACGGCUCAGCCAUGUCUGGGCGGAAAUAUCCCGGAACUGGCAGUUCUUGAAGCAAUUUUGUAUCGCCCUCCUCCCCCUCCUGUUCCUGCUCCUACUAGCCUUCAGCGAGGAGGAGCUAUGCGACAUAUGAUGCUACGAAAGAGCGCUGCACCACGCACAACGUCUUCUUCCAGCGCUGAGGAGGAAUGUGGAGCAUCUUUGGAUAUGGCUGCUAUGGCACCUAGAAUGGCAGAGGUGGCACCGACAGGACAGCAUGCUUUGAGCACAGAGUUUGUGAUAGCUAAACCAGCUGCCAUUCCCUCGGAUGGAGCGGAGCAUAAGGUGACCAUUGGAAUUGUUGACCUAUCUCCGCAAAUGGUUCAUCAAUGCGUACCAUCAAAAAAUGCAAGCGCUUUCCUGACUGCAUUGGCAGUCAACAAUUCAAAACUCCCCUUUUUGCCUGGUGAUGCGACAGUUUACUUGAACAACAGUUUUGUAUCAAAGACGUCUCUCAAGAGUGUGUCUCCUGGAGAGAAGUUCUUUUGCUCACUUGGAGUUGACACAGCACUUCGGAUUGAGUACAAACCAGUCAAGAAGUAUCAUGAAGAGGUUGGAUAUAUCAACAAGAAUUCCUCAACGGUGUACGAGCAAGUGAUUGUUGUUAAAAACUCACGCAGCGAUGCAGCGUUGAUCACUGUCAAGCAACAAGUCCCCCGUAGCACUGAUGAGAAAAUCAAGGUACGCUUGAUCAACCCUACGGUAUCAACGUCCGAGGAGACGAGUAGCUCAGAUUUGACGGCAGCAGCAGAGCUCCCAAAGAAAGGUGCAAAAAUGAAGGGAGGCAUAUUGGAGUGGACAGUUUCGGUACCGAGUGGAAUAGCCAACGAAUUGCAUGUGAAAUGGGCUGUGGAACAUCCCGUAGGGGAAACGAUUGAAUUUGUUGAACGCCAGUGACGAUGGUGUCCUUGUUUCUUACUUUUUAUCAAGUGAAAUACUUUACUAUCAUUUCCUUCUGGAAUAUUCAUGCGUAAUUUUGUGGUAUUUCAUAGUUGUCAGUCAUCAUCUUAUACAUAAAAU